UAAGUGUUUCACAACUCCAAGUUACAGUACAAGCUCACCAACACAACCAAGACCUGUGAAGGAAAUAUUACAGUUUGAUUCAUAGUGUGAAAAGCUUCCUUGACAAGGAUCACAGAAAACUACCAGACAUCUGCAGAAUUCCAGCUGUUGAAACUCACUAUGAGCUCUGUGGGUGUUUCUUCACUUGAAGCCUCUGAGGGCAGCAGUGAAAAAAUCAUGCUGAAUGUGGGAGGGGUAAAACAUGAGACCCUCAGGACCACCCUUAUGAGCCUUCCGGGGUCCCGUUUGGCUGAGCUGGUGGACACUGAGAAGCCUCCUUCAGAGCUUUUUUUUGAUCGCCACCCUGAAGUCUUCGCUCAUGUGCUGCAGUAUUAUAGAAGUGGGAAACUGCACUGUCCCAGCAACCUGUGUGGGCUUUUGCUGGAAGAGGAGUUCACCUUCUGGGGUAUUAGCAGUGCAGAUGUGGAGCCCUGCUGCUGGGAGACCUUUCGACAGAAUAAGGAGAACCUGAAGGCUUUGGCUGAGAUUAAACCUGCAGGGAUGAAGAAAGAGGAGGAAUCAGGUCAAAAACGGCAAUCCAGGAGCUCUAGAGGCUGGCAGAGGAAGAUAUGGGCUCUCUUUGACAAGCCGUACUCGUCCAUCAGCGCCAGAGUCAUUGCGAUCGUAUCUCUGUUCUUCAUCCUCCUCUCCAUCAUCGCAUUCUCUCUUUGGACUUUGCCCAGCAUCAAUUCGCACCAACUUCUCAAUGCUUGGGCAAGCAACUCAACCGUUGACUUUCCCAGUACCCUUCCUCUAGAAGCUAAAAUUCUUGACACAGUGGAAAUAGUGUGCUCGAUAUGGUUCGCGUUCGAGUUUUUGAUCCGUGCAGUCAGCUGCCCAAGCAAACUACGGUUCUUCAUGAAUGCUAUGAACAUUGUCGACCUGCUGGCUCUCUUCCCGUGGUUCUUCCGAUGGAGUUCAAACAAUUUCAGUGUAUUUGCAUUGGGUUUUCUGCAUGUAAUGCGAUGCAUACGUCUCCUUCGUGUCUUCAAACUAAUGCAGCAUGUGUUUGGUGUGAGCGUGUUGACGUACACACUUCGCGCAAGUUUGACUUCUCUUUGCAUAGUUCCUCUUUUACUCUUCAUUUGCACGCUCAUAUUUGGCACCAUGAUUUUUUUUGCUGAAUUAAUUCAUGAGGACUCGUACUUUAGUAGCAUUCUGAGUGGAUUUUGGUGGGCUCUGGUAACGCUGACCACAGUGGGUUAUGGAGACGUGAUACCUGUAACAGGUCAAGGCAAGUGUGUAGCGUUCCUGUGUGCGAUGGUCGGGGUUUUGCUUAUCGUUCUGCCUGUGCCCAUAAUCGUCAACAACUUCCUCAAGUUCAGCUCCUUGGUCAAAACUAAGUAUUCAAUGCCCAGAAUGAAGGAGAAUAGGAGUGUUGAUGCAGGUCCUACAUCUUCGGCUUAGAGAUUAGAAACAGAGGUAUGGAGAAAUUAUAGGAUAAAGUUAUAGUAUAAACAUAUCAUGUUUCCUAGUGGGCACAUGAUGUCUAAACAACAACAAAAACAUGUCAAAAAAUCGAUUUGAUAUUAAUUGCAAAAUUGUUGACGUGUCAAGACGACAUUAAACUGACGUCAAGACGACAUCAAAUUGAUAUCUAACAUUGGCGUCAAAAAACACGUCAAAAUGUGAAUCGAUUUGAUGUUAGCUCAUUACCUUGACGUCAAAACAACAUCGAAUUGACAUCUAAUAUUGGUGCCAAAAAAUAUACGACUGUCCUGUAAUUGAUUUUUGACGUUUUUUAUGCUAAUUUCGAUGUUGUUUUGACAUCAAGGUAGUUUACAGGGAUUGUAGGGAUACAAAAUCCAUGGUAACUCAUUCAUUCAUUUAUUCAUUUUCUUUUCGGCUUAGUCCCUUUAUUAAUCUAGGGUCGUCACAGCGGAAUGAACCGCCAACUUAUCCAGCAUAUGUUUUAUGCAGCGGAUGCCCUUCCAGCCGCAACCCAUCACUGGGAAACCCAUACACCCUCAUUCACACACACACUAUGAAAAAUUUCGCUUACCCAAUUCACCUGUACCGCAUGUCUUUGGACUGUGGGGGAAACCGGAGCACCCGGAGGAAACCCAUGCAAACGCAGGGAGAACAUGCAAACUCCACCCAGCCGAGGCUCAAACCAGCGACCUUCCUGUUGUGAGGCGACAGCACUACCUACUGCGCCACUGCAUGACGAAAAUUUCUUAUAUUAUAAUUAGGGCUGCACAAUAUAUCGUUUCAGCAUCGAUAUCGCAAUGUGUGAAUCUGCAAUAGUCACACUGUAGGAUUUGCAAUGUCAAGUUCUGAUCAUGUGAUUUGUGGAGUCAUCAUCGCUAAGUUUAACGAUAAAAUAGAGUUAAAGAUUUUCAUUUGAAUGUGUUUUUAAGACCUGCGACUGUAUGAUUUACAGUUUUUCCUCAGUGGCUUUUGUGCAUUUCUCACAACACUAUUUACAUUUGCACAACAGUUAAUGCAUUUCUCAAAACAAUCAGUACAAACUGCAAAACCUAGCUGAUAACCUGCAAAAGCGUCUCACUUGCUCAAAAUGAAGAGCUCAUUCCUCAAAAGGAAAUAUUCUUGUCAAUAACAGUGUCAGUGUCAUCAAGAUGAAAAGUCCUGACACCAUUGUUUAUGAACAUGAUAGUCAAAUGGCUGUCAUGUUUUCAUUAUGACAGUUUACUCUGUUCAUUUUUUCCAAUGCAAAAAAGUCAGAUUUAGGUGACACUUCCUGAAAAUGCUCAAGACAGCACUAUAUACUAUUAGCACAGCCAUUUGAAAACUACAGUAAAGUUAGACAUCACUGCAUUAGUGAGGUAUCUGAGUACAAGACACUGAAUAUGUAUGUUUCACAUUUUACUGCAUUUGCUCUUUACAAUUCUAAUUUAUUCACAGCAUUGUGCAGAAGAAUAAACACACCCUUAUUUACAACAAACAGAAACUUCCUUUGGGUAGAGCUGUGCACAACUGGAAACAAUAUUGCCGUACAUAUUGGAACUAAACCUACAACAUACACAGGUCUGUAAAUCUUUCAUGAAAUUGUUCAAUUUAGAAGACAUUUUCAGGAAGAAAUGAUCUAACUUUUUAAAAAUUAAAUUAGCUUGACAGAUUUUGACUAGUUGAACAUUUUUGUAUGUAAUGACUGAAGUAAUGACAUGAGGACUCUUAGUUUUAUAUGGAAUGACUAUUCAGCAUUCACAAGUUUAGUUCAUUUCGACUGACAUGACAUAAGCAAAUGAUAAUGUUAUAAACCAGCAGAGAGUCGUAUGAAAGCAGUUGAUGCAUGUCCAAAAGCAUUUACAAUUUGUUGGAAGGAAUGAGAAACUGCUACUAUGAUGUGCACAAAUGACUAAUAGUUUAGAGAAAUGCAUUAACUGUUGUGCAAAUGUAAAGAGUGUUGUGAGAAAUGCACCAAAGCCACUGAGAAAAACUGUAAAGUUUAACUUUAAGUUUCUUUCUUCUGUUGAACACAAAAGAAAAUAUUUUGAAAACCUGUAACCAUUGACUUUCAAAGUAAAAACAAUUACCAUGGACGCCAAUGGAUACAGGUUUAAAGAUUUUUCAAAAUGUCUUCUUUUGUAUUGAGCAGAAGAAAUAACAUCAAACAGGUUUGUAACAAGUAAAGGAUGAGGAAAUGAUGACAGAAUUAACAUUUUUGGGUGAACUUUAUCUUUAAUAACUAUCACAGGGUUUGAUGAAGAGCCACUAAUCUGAGGUUAUGUUUACUCAACACAGUGUUCACUUAAAAAUGUUAAACUUUUAUGGAUUUUGUCCAUUUAUUUACUUGACCAGUGCAUUUAAUGAGUGUAUGUUAGGAAACAAUACUGUUGUUUUCUCUGUGUCAACUACAGAAAUGAGAAUUUGUUAAAAUAGUGAACAUUUCCAGUGUAUAUGUGGGCUAAAGUAUGCAGGUUUUUUAGGCAUUGCCAUCUACUGGCCUGGCAUGCAGAAAAGAUUGUUUUUAGUCAUUGUAACAGACCAAUGUGAACAAAAGUGCCUUUACACAAAAUUCAAAGAAGAAAAAAAAAUCAGUUUUUAGUCCAUUGUUGUUAUAUAAACUUUCUUUAAAACCAAAACUGGACAUCCUUACGGAGUAUUUUGCUCAUUUUUAUCAAUGUGAUGAUAAAUCAUUGUGUGAAAAAGCACAAUAACAUUAUAUAAAAUAACGAUUUAUCGUGAAAGCAGACACAAAUUUAAACCCAGAAUUAUAAAUAUAUUGAUUUAAUCUGAUUACUGAAAAGCAUAGUUCAUAAAUUCUGAACUUUAGAAAGUCUUUAUCUAAAAAGCAGAUAAUUAAAUCAAAUAGAAACUGGGCUAUGAUGUGAAAUCAAAUAUGUGAGGUGCCUACAGUAUAUGCUAUUUUUUUUGUUAGCACCAUAUAUAUAUAUAUACAGUACACGCAUAAAUAUUGUAUACAUAUGUAAUCAAUACUAAUUCUAAACAUAUAGUCAAGGCUAGAGGUUACAUUUACUGCAUUUCAAUGAGUAUUAACACACAUAUAGCCUAAUCACACUGUACUUGUUUUAAAAGUCUUGCACACGAGUUUCAGAAACCCUUCGGGGUCCCACACAAAAUCAAAAUCCAGCCAAAUAAAUCAUAAAUCUGUGGGCUCAGUUUUCUCCAGGGGUCACAGACAACAGAUAUUUGGGAAAGACUUAUAAUUCUGAUGCCAGAUUUCGUUUUUUUAUUAUUAUUUCUGUAUUUUAUUCUUUCAUCAACCUCUUGUAUUGCAUUUUAUAUCUUGUUCUGUGUGUGUUCAUUAAAGUUAUAUCAUCUUUUUUCUCUGUA